CCGUAAAAACCAAAUAGCCCUUACCCUCCUUCCCAAUCCCGUCUGCUCUUGCUCUCCUCACCUCUAUUACAGAGCACCCAGUUUCUCCUCCGCGGCUCCGCCUUAUAUAGAACCGCACGUCGCAGAUUCAUCGCCUCAGACGCUCAAUUUCUUCUUCCCCUGUACAGUUUUCGCCUCUGUUGCUGUCCUAACCAGACCCAUCUUCCCUUUGUGCCGUGCUGCUGCCUGCCUCUUCUCAGUUCUGGUUAUUGCGGCUCUGGAAUAUCUGCUGCAUUGAAACUCAUGAAGAUGUAUGGCCAUCUGUUCUAGAUUAAGGAGGAAAGAAAACGCCAAAUUUCACCCGGCGUCUUCGUGAACUACAGGAAAAAAGCCGCAUUUCUGGGUCCUGACAUUUCCAGAAGACAACCUGUAACAAGUACAAUUGGCAUCCAUCAGUAAGCAUAUCAUGCCAUUGGAGUUAGCGAAGAUCCAAGAUUAGCUUUAUUGUGUAUGAGCUCAAGAAGCAUACAUCAAUACUUGGUCAAAUCUGUAACAUUUAGGGUAGCAUAAAACUCGCAGCCAGAGGAUUACAAAAGGGAUCCAGAGUGCUCAAACGGAGCUAAUUUGAAGGAGAAUGAGAACCCAGGUAAUUAAAUCUAUUUUAGUGCAUCCAUUCACUGCAUUUAUCACCACCCGAUCAAAAACCACCUCAGCUCAGUAUGUGGCAUCAAGAGCUAGAGACCCUACAUUUGAGAAACUAAUGGAGAAAUACAAGAACCUUGUUAAAGUCAUUGCCAUUCAAGAUCUCAUUCUCGCAAACCCCACUGACAGCAAUCCAUCAGUUUCCCUUGAUUUUCUUUCUAGACUUUCCCAGAAGCUUCACCUCAACCGCGGUGCAGCCUCUUUCCUACGUAAACACCCUCACAUUUUCCACAUAUUCCACAACCCCACCUUGUCUCAAUCUUUUUGCAAAUUAACUGAUACUGCUCUCCAAGUUUCUCGCCAAGAAGCAGAGGCUAUUAAUGCUUCCUUGCCUGUUGUUGUCAAUCGGUUGGUUUGGCUGUUAUCGAUGUCCACAUCCAAGUCAUUGCCACUUCGUGCUAUCUUUAAGGUUUGGAGGGAGCUAGGGCUUCCUGAUGAUUUUGAAGACUCGGUGAUAUCCAGAAACCCGCAACUUUUUAGAUUGGAUGAUGCUCAUGAACCCAAUACACACAUCCUGAAACUCGUUGCUGAAAUUCCUAACAACCAUUUCACAUCAGCGGUUGAAAAUUGGAGGGUGACAGAGUGUUGUAAGGAGGAUUGCAGUGUUGAUAGAACAGAAAUGCAAUAUAGUUUUAAACAUCAGUACCCUCCUGGAAUGCGGUUGAGCAAGAGUUUCAGGUCUAAGGUCAAGGAAUGGCAGAGAUUGCCAUAUGUAGGGCCAUAUGAGGAGUUGGGAGAAAAGAAGAGAUCUAAGGCUGGACUUAUGGGAUUGGAGAAACGGUCAGUUGCGAUCGUACAUGAGUUUUUGAGUUUGACAGUGGAGAAAAUGGUGGAAGUGGAGAAGAUCAGCCAUUUCAGGAAAUGUUUCGGAAUAGAUUUGAACAUAAGGGAUUUAUUCUUGGAUCAUCCAGGCAUAUUUUAUUUGUCUACCAAGGGAAAGAGACACACCGUCUUCCUGAGGGAAGCAUAUGAGAGGGGUCGCUUGAUCGAACCGAAUCCUGUAUAUGAUGUCAGAAGAAAGUUACUUGAUCUAGUUAUUCUGGGUCGUUGCAGGUCACUUGCUAGCAAACUAAAUUCUGGUGAGAUUGGAAGGGUUGAGGACUCUGGGUUACAAGAUGAGAACAGUGACUGAAGUCAUGAAUUGCUUGUCUCAUGUAGUGCCACUAAUCACUGGCUUGGUUCACUUGCAUGGAUUGCAUGUUCUGCUUAUAUUGAGUUGCAGAAGCUAUGGUCAGGCUUUGAUUCUGGGUGGCAUUGAACCGAGACACUGAUCCCAGCAGCUGACCAGGUAAAUAUUAAAAAGCGCUAUUACUGGUACCAAUGUUUCGGUUGCUGCAUUUGGAAGAUAAACUUUUGGAUCUUUGAGUUGCAGAGCUUCCCUUUGCACUGAUCCAGCUCAGCUGGGUGGAAAUCAACAAGUGUCAUUAUCACAUGCUUUUUUUUUGAAAAAAAUAUUUAUUUUAACCCAUAUGGUCCAGAUUUUUUUUAAAAACGAUAUAAUAAGUAUGACAAUGAAAGAAAGCUGAAAUAGAGAGGAGCUUCUAGGGGACAUGAUAAAUUACAAAAUGAACUGUUUAUGAGGAACAGGGUACUCAAUCUUUCAGGAAUUAUAACAAUAAUGAACUAUUAAAAUUAAAAUGUUAA